ACAGUUUGGAGUGUGGACAUCAUGGAGACAUCUGUGAAUAGGACGGUGCCACACACCCACUUCAACCCACUGUACGAGAUGUCCCUCAGCAGGAACGAUCUCUAUAUCUCUGAGCCUAAUGAUCUGAAGCCGGCUCGACCCAGAAGGCAGUGGUGUUUUAACUUGCUGAUCAUUUACAUCGUCUUACAGACAGCUUUAAACGGCUUUCUUGUUUAUAAAGUUUUGAUGUUGAAGUCUUCCUCAGCUGACCCCGCAUCAGACAGACAAACAUCUAACCCCAUUUCUGGGGGAGAUGGGAAUCUUCCAGGGGUCAUCUACAACAACAGCCAGGAAACCAGGACCUUGAAGAGCCACCUCUGGGAGCUGCAGACUCAGGUGAAAAACCUCUGCAGUGCAGAUGGUGAGCUGGGCAGGAUGAAGGCUGAGCUUAGCCUGCUCAACACCAGUAACCUCAACCUGGAGAGCAAACUGGAAACCAUCAGCAUCAAGACAGGACCACCAGGUGCACCAGGACAGAGUGGCCCGAUAGGUCCUCAGGGUCCACCUGGGAGACAAGGCCCACCAGGUGAAAAGGGCGACUCAGGGAUUCCUGGGGUUCCAGGUCUUAAGGGAGAGAAAGGCAACACUGGGGUCAUCGGCCCAAAAGGAAAUCCUGGAAUUCCUGGAGAAAAAGGAGAUCCUGGAAGUGUUGGUCCACCAGGACCUGCAGGUCCCACCGGACCCAGAGGUUCAGAUGGACGUCCAGUGAAUGUUCGUCUUGUUCCUGGGAAAUACCGAGGACGAGUGGAGGUUUUCCACAACAAUCUCUGGGGAACCAUUUGUGAUGACAACUUUGGCACUUUGGACGGCAAGGUGAUCUGUAAGAUGCUGGGCUUUAAAUCCAUCGUGUCCACAUUCACCGCCUCCCCAGGAACUGGUCCGAUAUGGCUGGACGAGCUGAAAUGUACAGGAGCAGAGUCUGACGUCUUUGACUGUCCUCACAAUGAAAUUGGUGUUCACAACUGCCAUCACGAUGAGGACGCCGGGGUGCAGUGCAUCUAGAUAGAUGAUGGAGCAAAACCUGGACUUUAACUGUUCUACAAUUUAGUUUCAUGAACACAUACUCGAUAUUUGACUAAACAUGAACACACAUGUGAAUUUAUCCAUACACACACAUACACAUGAUGCAGGAUGCAGCACACAUACAUGAUGCAUGAUGCAGCACACACACAUGAAGCAGGAUGCAGAACACACACAUGAUGCAGGAUGCAGCACAUACACAUGAUGCAGGAUGCAGCACACA